GAUACUGGAGAUACAGAGGGAUGGAGACCAUGGCAACAUGCAGAUGUGCAGAGAGAAAACUUAAUGCAAAAGGAGAAAUUCAAGGGUAGAUAAGUGAAAAAAAGAAAGGGCUGAAAAAGAAAAGCAUUUUAAAAGUGCUUGGCGAGAGAAGGACCUUAAGGAUUUUGAAAGAAGUAAGUUAUAUUUCACAGCACUGGUUAGAAUAUUGGAUCCUGACCGCAGCAGAAAAAGGAGCUUUAAGGAAAAACACCUUUUUUCGGUAUCUCAUUCCAAAUAUCUACAAUGGGGAGUCCUAACUGUUCAUUCCCAGACUUCCGUGCUUCUCUUGGAGAUACGUCAAUAUGUCCCUACAGCUGGAUGUGCAAUAGCAGUCCUCUACUAGUGAUGAACUUCAGUGCUAAGGCAGAAGAUUUGUGCCUCAGUCAGGAAGAUUAUCUAGAAAAGUACCUGGGUCCACGCCGCUCCUCUGUCUUCCUGCCCGUGUGUAUUACUUACCUGAUCAUCUUCUUUGUGGGGGCAGUGGGCAACUUGUUGACUUGCACAGUCAUCAUUCGCAAUAAGGUGAUGAGAACUCCAACCAACUACUACCUGUUCAGCCUGGCUGUAUCUGACUUACUGGUUCUGCUGCUCGGCAUGCCGCUCGAGAUAUAUGAGAUGUGGAGCAACUACCCCUUUCUUCUCGGCAAGGGAGGAUGCUACUUUAAGACAUUUCUCUUUGAGACAGUCUGCUUUGCGUCUAUUCUCAAUGUGACGGCCCUCAGUGUGGAACGCUACAUAGCUGUGGUCUAUCCCCUCAAGGCUAAGUUUGUGGUUACCAGAAGACAUGCCAAGAGGGUCAUCCUGACAGUAUGGGCCAUCUCAGUCCUUUGUGCAAUCCCCAACACCAGUCUCCAUGGCAUCAUGUCCUUAACCUCCAGCUCGGGCCUCGAGAUACUGGAUUCAGCCAUCUGUACCCUAAUCAAGCCCCGAUGGAUGUACAACUUGAUCAUCCAGAUUACCACACUGCUCUUCUUUGUGUUUCCCAUGCUCACCAUCAGCAUACUCUACCUGCUCAUCGGUUUGCAACUGAAGAAGGAGAAGAUGCACCAAAUGCAGGAGAGCUGGUCAGGUCUGGGUCAGGACAGCAGCUUCAACAUCCAGAACCAGCAGCAGAAAGCACGUCAUCAGCAGGUCACCAAAAUGCUUUUUGUACUAGUUGUGGUGUUUGGAAUUUGCUGGGCUCCCUUCCACACAGACCGCCUCAUGUGGAGCUUCAUCAGUGACUGGACAAGCGAACACCUGGAGAUAUUCCAAUAUGUGCACAUCAUCUCGGGCGUUUUCUUCUACCUCAGCUCAGCUGUCAAUCCCAUCCUGUACAAUGUGAUGUCCACCCGCUUCCGUGAGAUGUUUAAAGAGGUUAUGUGUCAUCGUUCUAGACACCCAGUAAAACGGAAAUACUCCAUGAGUGUUACUCGAGCGACCCUGCGAAGCACCAUCUGUGAAUUCCCAUCUAGCAAUGGAACACCUAUUUCUGAUGGAGAGGAUUGCAACACUUUUGUAGAUGGUAACCAGGAUCAAGAAACCUCAUUAUCUUAACAUGGAGGAAAAAUCAGUGUUUAUUAACACCAGGAACAAACAUGUGCUACGGCUUGGCUUUCAGACAACGGAUUGGAUCAAUUAUAAAUGGGUUGCUAAGGAUUUUAUUUUGUAAAUAAAUUCAGUCAGAGGCUUUAAAGCUGUAACCUGAAUGAAAGGAAGAAUUUGAUUUCACUCCCAGAGAGCACAACUGCUCUACCAUUUGUGUGUAAAAACAUACUGUAAUUUACAUUUAGGUGUUUCACCUAGAAAUUCAGUUUACAUUUGAACUGAUUUGUACUGGCAUCAAGUCCAUGGUGUACCAUAACAAACCUACUGCCCUGUGCUUCUGAGAUAGACUGUGGCCAUCGUGACAUUGAUUUGGACAAGCAGUCGAGCAUGAUCUUGUAACAUGCAAGUCUCUGCUUAAUUUUUGAGGAGCACAAAAGAAAACUGCAACUUCAGUAUUAAAGAAAUGGAAAGCGUUCCUGAGAAUAAAGGGACUAAAGAGACUAGAUGCCCUUUGCAAGCAUUUAAUAAACAGAGCUAAGCAGCCCUAAAAACGAACAUUAAACUGAGAAAAAAACUGCUCUUCACAAGACUCUUCAGUUUAUUGGAUUUUAAAAUCGUUCACACUUUCAAUCACUUUUUGGGAAGAAAUGCACUCUAAUGGCAAAUACAAAAAGCUAUUGACUUGGAGGCAGGAGUCAACAGAUAAUCUAAAUUUGUCUCACUUGUCCGAACCAUUGCAAACUUGGCUGCUGU